GGUCCCUGCCUGGUCGCGCCGGGCUCCGGUCCCAUGGAUCCCCCCUCCCUGUCGCGCUUGGUAGGGCCCGCUUUGUCAGCGCUCUGCGUUCGCCGGUUACCCACCAGCUCUCGCCCGCUGGCUGCAGACAGCGUCUUCGCGUCGCAGCAGCCGCAGCACCAGCAGCUCAGUCUCGGGCUCGCCUGCCCAGCACCAUCCCCCGGGCCGCGGCGGGAAGAGAAGAAGCCCGGGAGCCUCCGCUCGGACGCCCCCGAGAGUCUGCUCGGCUCGCCCGCGUCGGCGAGGCCUGCGGCUGGGUCGGACGCGCUAGGGGCCGCGGCGGCGGCGGCGGGGGUGGCGGCGGCGGCGGCGGCGGCGCCCGGCAUGUAUCAGAGCCCGCGGCGGCUCUGCUCCGCCCUGCUGCAGAGGGACGCGCCCGGCCUGCGCCGCCCACCCGGCCCGCCGCCGCGCCGCCGCUCGCCCGCGCCCGCCGCCGCCCCCCGCCUCGCUUCCCCCCGGCUCCUGGCGGCGGCCUCGGCGGCCCGCGGCGUCGCGAGGUUGUGCUCCCGAACAGCGCGUCCCAUGGGAAGCAGGCUCUGCAGCGCUCUCACCAAGAGCCUCGACGGCAGCGCCGCCUCCCAGCACCCGGAGUAUCUGGUGGCAGCCGACCUGGAGCACCUGGAGCCCAUUGAUCCUAAAGAGCUCCUUGAGGAGUGCAGGGCCGUCCUGCACACCCGGCCUCCCCGCUUCCAGCGGGGUUUCGUGGAUCUGCGGGCCGAUGGCCCCAGGAGCAGCCACACACCCAUCCGGGUCAUGCAGUGGAACAUCCUUGCCCAAGCGCUCGGAGAAGGCAAAGACAACUUUGUGCGGUGCCCUCUUGAAGCGCUCAGGUGGGAGGAGAGGAAAUGUCUCAUCCUGGAGGAGAUCCUGGCCUACCAGCCGCAUAUACUGUGCCUGCAAGAGGUGGACCACUACUUCGACACCUUCCAGCCCCUGCUCAGCAGGCUGGGCUACCAGGGCACCUUUCUCCCCAAGCCCUGGUCGCCUUGUCUGGAUGUGCAACGCAACAACGGGCCGGACGGCUGCGCCUUGUUUUUCCUCCAGAGCCGCUUCAGGCUCGUCAACAGCGCCAACAUCAGGCUGACGGCCAUGACGCUGAAAACCAACCAGGUGGCCAUCGCGCAGACCCUAGAGUGCAGGGAGUCGGGCCGACAGCUCUGCGUCGCCGUCACCCACCUAAAGGCUCGCGCCGGCUGGGAGCGGUUUCGCUCCGCCCAGGGCUGUGACCUUCUCCAGAACCUGCAGAACAUCACCCAGGGAGCCAAGAUUCCCCUCAUCGUGUGCGGGGACUUCAACGCGGGGCCGACAGAGGAGGUCUACAGGCACUUCGCGUCCUCCAGCCUCAACCUGGACAGCGCGUACAAGCUGCUGAGCGCGGACGGGCAGUCGGAGCCGCCGUACACGAGCUGGAAGAUCCGCACGUCGGGCGAGUGCCGGCACACGCUGGAUUACAUCUGGUACUCGAGGCGCGCGCUCAGCGUGAGGUCGGCCCUGGGCCUGCUCACCGAGGAGCAGAUCGGGCCCAACCGGCUGCCGUCCUUCACCUACCCCUCGGACCACCUGUCCCUCGUGUGCGACUUCAGCUUUAACGAGGAGCCUUGA